AUGUCAGGCUGGACUUACAACGCCCCGAGCGGCUCGCCAACCGAUGGCCCUCAGAUCACGUCUAUCGCUGUUGUCUUUACAGCCGUUGCGCUCCUUACGGUUCUCCUGAGAGUUUAUGUCAGAGGGUUUAUGCUCAAGUCGGUGGGAGCUGAUGACUGGAUCAUCGUCGUGACAUGGAUCGCGAGCUGCGGAUUCGCUGUUGUUACCGUGAUACAAACGAAAUGGGGGCUCGGAUUGAAGAAACUUGACGACUUGCCUCCGCAGAACUACUACAACUUCAUGCUGCUACAAUUCAUGGGCGCGCCAUUGUAA